UGAAAUUAAUUUUGGGGGUAUAGUCGACAAUUCAAGUGAAGCGUGCACCAGAAUCCACCGUACAGUUCACAGCACUACCACUGCACAGCACAGCACAACAACCGCUGCCACAUUGUUAGAGUCGUUGCACACCAGAAACAGAGCAGAGCACAUUCAUCACUCUCUCUCUCACCAUCAAUAUUUUUGCCUCACAAAACCAAAAACCUUACUUGUACACUCUGCUUCCUAAAACUUGCAACCUUGACACCUUCUCUUCAGUUGGCAAAAAUGGAAGGAGAAAUUAGUAGUAACAAAGACAAUAGUAUAUAUGAUGACACUGGAGGAGGAGGAGGAGGAGGAGGAACAAGCCAAGGCAAUGAUGUCUCAGAGGAUAAUUUAAUUCCAAAUCAACAAUUUGUCAUUACUGGAAGGAGUGGGGCCCACUGGACUUGUCUACCAAAACCAUCUCAUAAUAAUAAUUAUGUUGAAUAUCUCUCUGAAUCCUCAACUUAUCUUCCAAACACCGCAACAAAUGAGUAUGUGAAUAUCAUUGGGGGAAAUUAUCAAACACUUGGUGGUGGUAAUAGGGUUAGUGGAAAAGACAGAGACUCGUUUUACAAUGAUCAUGGAAAAGCUUUUGGGUUUAAACCUGUUGAUUCUUCAGCUAAUGACUUUGGCAUUGGGAAGCGUGUGGGGUAUUGGAGACCUGAUGAAGUAGAGGAAGCAAUUAAAGUUGCAACUGGAAGUAGUCAAGAUCUUACCUAUGCUGAGGGUCAUGCAGCAUGGAAAGCAGAUUCAGUUGGAGAUAAGCACAAUGCUUCAAAGUUUGAUCCAAUGGGAAAAGUUGGUGCACCCUCUUUUCUUCCAAAAUCAGGAGGCAGCUCUUCAAAUCAGAAAAGUAACAAAACACGUUACACCGACCGUGAACGCAGGCAACGUAUCGCUGAUAACCUCAAAGCUUUACACGAAUUGCUUCCAAAUCCAGAAGAGGGUAGUCAAGCUUAUGUACUGGAUGAUAUCAUUGACUAUGUUAAAUACUUGCAGCAUCAAAUAAAGGAAUUAAGUGGAAGUAAAUUGCAAGCUGACUCAAAUGCUAUACCACUUGUUUUCCAUGAGGGUUAUGGACAUUAUAUUAAACAACAGAUGUUGGAUGAGCCACUCGAAGAGAUAAUGGGGAAACUACUUGAAGAACAUUCAGCAGCAGCAAAUCAGCUACUUGAAAAUAAAGGUCUUUUUCUGAUGCCUAUUGCUUUGGUUGAUGAAUUGAGCCAAGCUAUUCAACUGUUUGGUGGAAGUUCACUUGGCUGACAAUGGCUAACUACUUAUUUUAAUUCUACAUUAUGGUGAUAUCUAGUUUGUGUGUUUAAAUCAUUUCUAGAGGACACAACAAGUAUGAGAACCAAUUUGACAUGAUUAGGCCAAUGAUUGUAGUUUUUUUUUUUCCUUUCUAAAAUGUACCUCUUGAAAAUCUAUGGUACUCUGAGGUGGUGUGUAUUGUUGUUUCUGUGUUGGGGUUUGGUUCGGCUCGUGAAUCCUUUGGUUGAUUAUGAGACUCAAACGAUAAGUAGGGUUGGACACAACAAGACAUAUUGUGAAAUUGUGAUAGAUUGAUGGUGUAAAACUGUCUCAUGUAUCAAUUUAUUUUUAACUUCAUGCAGAAUUUGAUUA